AUGCUCUCAGGCCUCGAGGAGUUGACGCUCAACAACCUCUACGAAAAGCUGCCGUUGUGGAGAUCACAAGACUCCCAGGUACUCCAAAAGUCCCCAGGACUCUGCAAGCUCGAGCUGUCGCUCUCCGAAGACACACUUUUCCGCGUCAGGCUCGGGCGAGAGGGCUACAUCAACUCUUCAAUCGGCUAUGCCACAAACGACGAGGGUGCCCAUGUGCAAGUCCCAUUUGCCAAAGACGCACCGGAACAUCUUGUCGCCGGUGACGAAGGAACACCGGAAGGCCUUGUCGUUCACCUCCCGGAGAACCGGGACGGAGAUGGUUUCGAGCUUGAAGAACUUAUUGCGCAAACACUUCGGCGACCCCGACUUGCCAAGCUAACGCAGCUUGCUGUCGUGCCAGGCAAAACGGAGACAUGGAUGAACGCGGGUCAACCGGGUUGGAACGCGGGAGCUCUUCGACUGAUGGGACGGAAUCCUUCCCUCGACUGUGACAUCCGAUCUGUCGAUGACUCCUGGCGCGACUUGGACGUGCUCGACCAGGCCGCUCGCGGCCUGGUCGCCCUCUAUAACUUGGACUCAAGCCACUCGGAUUACUCAGACGUCUCGGACGACUCGGACUAG